AAUUUCAUUGUUCUCCUUAAAUAAAAUAUUCCCUUCAACGUUGCAACAGAAUCUAGCAUGAAUAUGCGACACGCUGCAAAAGCUGGAUAAUGUUAUUUAGUGUGAUUUAACACCUGUAGUCCCGGGUACAUUCAGAAAUCAGCUGACUGGUUGAGAAACGAAACUUAAAUAUUUCCUGUGCAGCCUACCAGUAGAAGCGAGUGAGCGAGUCUCGACGCAUCGCAUUGCUACAGUGCCUCCUGGAACCCGAUUCACCAGUUAGUUACUCUCUCUUCAGCAGCACAGUUAUCGAAGGGACCGACGAAUAAUGGCACUGUAUAAUCAGCAACCGUUUUACAAUCCGAGCAUCCCCUUCACUAGCUUAAUCCCGGGAGGUCUUCAGGAAGGGAAGAUGAUCACGAUCACCGGGAGGGUCCUGCCAGGGUCAGAGGGGUUCGUGGUGAAUCUGCAGUGUGGCUCCCAUCAGAGCCCUAGACCUGACAUCGCUCUUCACUUCAACCCACGCUACGAGGGAGCCCAGCAGUACGUGGUGUGCAAUACCUUGCAGAACCAGAACUGGGGCUCGGAGGAGAGGAAAUACGAGAUGCCCCUGCAGAGAGGAACCAGCUUCACGCUCAUGAUCUUGGUCAACCCCAAUUCCUACAAGGUGGCAGUGAAUGGGAAUCACUUCCUGGAGUUUGCCCACAGGAUCCCCAUAUUCAGGGUGAACACCAUUGUGGUGGAGGGGGGUGUGGAGGUGACAUCCAUCAUCUUCCAAAACCCCACGCCUCAGUUUGUAGCUGCACAAACUUUUCACCCUCAGUUUGCAGCAGCGCCGGCCUUUCCCGCCCGUGGUCGUGGCGGCAGCAGAAACCGUAACCGAGCCAAGGCUAAACAACCAGUACCUGCUUAUCCAGCGCCACAGUCCUAUACUGUGCCCUACAAAAGCUUCAUCAACGGGGGCCUCUACCCAUCAAGAACAUUUACCAUCCAGGGAUACAUUCAUCCCACUGCAACAAGAUUCCAUGUUAAUUUCAAGUACAACUCUGGGAUUGCGUUCCACUUGAACCCGCGUCUGGACGAGGGCACUGUGGUGCGGAACAGCUUGCUGGGGGAGCAGUGGGGGCCAGAGGAGAGGAAGCUGCCUGCUGGGAUGCCCUUUGCCCGAGGCCAGGCCUUUAUGAUGGCGAUCGUGUGCGAGUCUCAUCGCUACAGCGUGUCCGUGAACGGAAAGCACUGUUUUGACUUCAAUCACCGUGUGUCUCAGCUGCAGCAGAUCGACGUCCUGGAAAUAUCUGGGGAUGUGACCCUCACUGCCGUGCAGGUGUGACACACGCAGGGAACAACAAGAAGUGGCACACAAAAGUGCAGCGUUUAUUAAAAAAAAAAGAAAAAAAAGAAAAUAGCAUUCUAGUCUUUCAUCCUUCAUAAUAUUUAGACAGCUGCUCUGCUUUUCUAAAAUCAGCACUAAGUUCCCUCUGAUUUGAUAGGGGGCUGGUGCUCGGAUACAAAUUUGAUACAAGUGUGUUAAAUUAAAAUGUAUUCGCUCUGCAAACAGCGAACACAGUCAGAGCUGUCUGUAAAUACAUCCCUGUCAGUCACUGUGUGCACAAUCGUACCAUGUUAACUUUCCUAUCUGCGGAUCUAUUUUGUAAUGUUUUUUUUAAAGUUUUUUUUAAGUAACUUCUCAACUCCAUAGAUUUCACACAAACUGUUUUCAAAUUUCAAAAAAAUGUAAUACCUUUACAAAAAAAUGCAAGACACUGUGAGCGAAGGGGAUAAAGUACAAAUCUGGUUUUGUUUGAGUUCAUUGAAAGGAUGAACGCCCCAAUUCCAAUACCUGUCCAUUCCUUGUGGGUGUUAUUUGUGCCUUAAACUCGUUUGCAUUUUGUUUGUAUCAUUUUGUGCCGUGAUGCUUUCAUUUAUCCAUUGUCUUGCACAAAGACAGCAAGGUGCUUAAUCUGGGUGAAUGCAAGGAGCAGAUCAUCCUGUCAGAAGGAAUCCCUGGAAUGUGAAUGAAUGUGAAUAAAUCCACUUCUACCUAA